AUGAAGUGGUAUCAUUUGCUGCUUCUUGUGAUCUACUUGGAUCCACUUGGUCUACUUGACCAUUGCGAAGCAGCGGCAAAGGCUAAAGGUAAAGGUCAAGGUUCAGCUAAAAAAGUCCCCCCCAAAGGGAAAGAACUCAACAAUACAGCUGUGCCUCCAGUGGUUACCCCCAAAAAGGUGAGAAUUCCCAUUGCAAUAGCGUAUGAGAAGUGUAUGGGUUACUAUGAUGUCAGUGGACAAUGGGACAAAGAGUUUGAUUGUAACCACACCGCCUACCGAUACUGUUGUGGGACUUGUUCUUUCCGAUUUUGCUGUGACACCAAAAGCAAAAGAAUAGAUCAAAUUUCCUGCAAAAAGCCAGUAUGGACCGUUACAACCAGCACUAACAUUAUUGAUGUUGUAGAGGUUGAUGCAUAUGACCCCCUCAAUGACAAAACUAACACUACAGUCUUUAUCACAUGUGGGGUCAUUGCUUUUAUAUUUGUCGUUGGUGUUAUGGCCAAGGUAGCGUAUGACAAAGCCAGACGUCCGCCUCGAGAAAUGAACAUUCACAGGGCUCUGGCAGAUAUUUUGAUACAACAAGGACCCAUCCCAAUUCCGCAUUGUGAACGAGAAGCCAUCUCUGCUGUAGAUAACUCACCCAAGGAAAAUACACCGGUCAGAACCUCAAAAAAUCAUUAUACUCCAGUGCGGACCACAAAGGCCAAUCAUGGAACAGCCUCUCGCCGUUUUUCGGAUGUUCCAACCAACAUGGAGCCAGCUGGUCACCUGAACACAAUAGGUGGACACUAUGCGAAGGAGAUCUAUCGGAGUGGGGGACCAGAUAUACACAAUUUUAUCUCCUCUGGCUUUGUGACUUUGGGACGAGGACAUCUCAAGGCGGGAGCACCAGACUUUACUCACUGGAGUCCUGAUGUCAUCAGAAGUUGCAGACGAGAGAAGAAGAAGAUGCAAGAAGGGACGGGAGAUCAUCAACAAAAUUAUAAUCAUAUGAUGCUCAACAAUGCAUCCCAGACACCCACAAACGAAAAACCCCGGAUGAACAACAUCCUUACCUCUGCCACGGAGCCAUAUGACCUGUCGUUCUCCAGAUCUUUCCAGAAUCUCUCGCACCUCCCGCCAUCGUACGAGGCAGCUGUCAAAACCAAUCCAAGUAAAUAUUCCUCUCUGAAGAGAUUAACUGAUAAAGAAGCUGAUGAAUAUUACACGAGAAGACGGCAUCUGCCUGACUUGGCAGCCAGGGGAACUCUUCCGCUCAAUGUUAUUAAAAUGACUCAGGAUCAACCCAACACCAGAGAACGCCCCAGAAGACCAGUGCGUGCAAUGUCCCAAGACAGAGUCCUUUCUCCGGAGAGAAACAUGCCAGAAGAAGGCUAUGGAAUGCCCUAUGACCGAAUCCUGUCAGAUGAACAGCUGUUAUCUGCUGAACGCCUUCACUCCCAAGAUCCUUUGCUGUCUCCAGAUAAGGCGAUGACACUUAAAAGGUCAGAUUUCCAGGAGAAAUCCAUGUCAAGAGCCCUCUCCCAAACAGAUGUAUUUGUUUCAACCCCAGUCUUGGAUCGCUACAGGAUGACAAAGAUGCACUCUCAUCCCAGUGCCUCAAAUAACUUGUAUAAUACAUUGGGUGUGAACCAAACUGCUGCCAAACGCCAAGCUUUUGCUUCCCGGCGACACAACACAGUGGAGCAACUGCAUUAUAUUCCAGGACACCACCAACAGUACCGCACAGCCAGUAAAACAGAAGUAACAGUUUGA